AUGGUAGACAUUACAGAGUUCGCUAUCCGACUACCCCAAGGGAAGGCUCACACUCGCAAUUAUGCCCUUCCUUUACCCGUCGUGCCGCCUCGCGUACCUCGAGACCAAGAAAUAAGUAACAGCGUACUCGAUAGCAUAUGGAGCAAGUUGCUCUAUCGAAGACGACCUGUGGCCCCAGACGGCUUCGAGACCUUUUUGAGGGACCUGAAAGAGGUCACGUUAGCCGAUAUCUACCACACACUGAACGAGAAGCCUGCUGCAUCUUUCGAAGGCCUAAUCUGGUUCGCGGUAUCAAGUCAAGAUUCUUCGAAUGUAACGUUCACCUCGUUCUUUCCAAAUGAGAAUGUCAGCAGCCUGUCAGUAUAUGAAGCAUUCCAUCAAUUCCGAGCGGACUAUGAGCAAGCUUCCCCAGGUACACUUCGAUUAUGUUGCUUAACGAAGACUGCACCCGUAAUCAAGCGGCUCUUUUCGUACUUCCGUCUGUUCACUCUCUCAGCUUACUCUGAGCCGCAAUUCUGGGCCCGAACUCUCCUUGCAUUUCUUCUCUGUUGGAGUGGUUACGCAAGCCAGGAGUUCGUCGAUAUCAUAUUGCAGAGCUCAGAUAGCAAGAGCAACGCCGAUAGGAAUCGCGUCUUUCGCCUUCCUUCUCAAGUCGUGCCAGCCUCGUCCAGCUGGGGUUUUGAAUACGUUUGGCCAUUUAAUGUGCCCGAUUUUAGCGUAUUUGAUAUCCAUACAAGGCGGCCUUACAAAGCAAAGCCAACCAUGGAGAUCAUUCAGCUGUUCAAUCAUUUCAAAGACGAUGGCUCCUGUAACACGACUUUAUCAUUUGACUCCACUAGAGCUUUGGCGAGGUUCAGGAUACUCCUCACGCACCCUCUACCUCAGGAUGGCGGAGUAACCCAGCCUGAAAAUUUAGUAGACGUGGUUCCUUUGAAAUGUUUGUAUGAGAUCAUUUUGAUUAUCCAUGAGCAAAUGAACGAGGAAUCGCUUGAGUUCAUAGGGAAGGUUUUCGACCGAGCGACUGAGAUAGUAUACACUGUCUGCUACCACCAAAUUGAGCUUUUACUUACGACCCAUCAGGUUAUACACAGCCGUGAUCACCCUGGCAGGGCCGAGUAUCUCUACCUACUAAUGUUGCAAGACUCUAUUACCUUGACACUUCACCAUAUUCAAGCUGCCAAAGAACAACUUUGCCGACAGCUUUCAAGUACAGCAGGGGAGGCAUUAACGACUCGAAAGGACAAUGUUUUGAAAGACACAGACUAUCUCAUCGAAUCUUUAAACUUGACGAUGGUGCAUCUGGGCGAAUGUCAACAACAGGUAAGGUUUGCAAGACCGCUGGGUCAUCAAAUUAACACAUCUCGCCAGGCAAAAUCACUGGAAGAACUAAAGCAGAAUCAAAUCGCUGGAAUCAUCGGUUUCCUUGUCGCCAUUUACGUGCCAGUCGCCUUCGUGUCCUCAUACUUUGGCAUGAACACUGUCGAGAUUCUGACCGGGAACCUACACAAUUCGCUAUUCUGGCAGAUCGCCAUCCCCCUCAUGGUCUUGACCAUCAUGCUCCCGCUCAGUCUGAGCAUCAUCGCCCGUGUCACUCGCGCCUUGAGCCUCUCCGCUGGCGCGUUCUCGUUGCGCCAAUGGCCCAUGAUCGUCGAUCUUUGUUUGACGUUUUUUUGCCUCAGCCUCGCGGCCGCGCACAUUGUCCACUGGAGGCGUUCCCAACACCAUCAGUUCCAAGAGCUCUUUCGUCGUAUCUCGCCGCACGAAACAGUCAUCGUUGACGGUAUCUUUGCGUGCUUCGGCCUGCUGAAAGCCGUCGAGAAUAGUGUUUUGCGCAAUCGGCGGGGCCGGAAGUGGUGUUUUCUCUGGCUCGUCAUGACUUUUGUCAUAGCGCUCUGCGCCGGAUUGAGCCUUCUUGAUGAUUCUUUUGCUACACUUUUGACGCCAUUCGGAUUCGUGUUUGUCACUUUGGCAGUUCGGCCAUUGAUUUUUUGA